AUGCUGCGCUACACAGGAGAGUGUAAGACGUACGGCAGUGGCGUGGUGCAGCCCUUUAACGGCAGUGCGUACCACGUGAGGACUUCCUGUUCCGUCACCCUCGUCCACUUCACCCACCAGGGAGUCAACUGUGACGUCACCGCCCAGCGAGGGCCCAGCGGACUGCUGACCCGCCUCGAGGUCGUCGUCAACAAAGUCAGAACCGUCGUUCAGAAUGGAACCAUCAUGGUGGAGAACCACAGGGUGUCUCUGCCGUACGACCACACCUACCAGCACGUGUUCCACUACGGAGUCCACACCAGACUAAGGAGCAAAGUGCUGCCCCUCACCAUCACCUGGCACAGCUCCGCCAUGGGCAUCACUGCCCUCUGGGUGAGAUACACACACAGCUCCGCCAUGGGCAUCACUGCCCUCUGGGUGCGACUAGAGGGGAACAGCAUCACUGGGAUGAAGGGACUGUGUGGACAUCUAAAUACUCCAGCAUAUCCACCUCAGUUAAUCUCAGAGGCGGUGCUUGAAGACGACACAUGUGUGAUCGAAGACUCACUUGAGGAGAUGAACUUGGCGUGCGGGGAGUUCAUGUCCCAUGCCAUGUCCUGCCUGAUGAGCCGGGCCGAAGGCUUCUUCCACCUGUGCCAGCAGAACGCCUACGGCCGGGCAGCUAGCGCCCACAUCACCUGUCCCUUCUACUGGGACGUGGCACAGAGGUGUGGACCGGACAGCUCUCUCUGGUAUGUGUGGAGAGAUGUCACCCACUGCCCUGCCCCAGACUGUCCAGGGGAGCUGACCUAUCAGGAGCUAGGAAACGCCUUCACUCCCACCUGUUCUAACCCCGCCCCCAGAGCGAGCGACCAGGACGUUACCAGCACCUGUGUGUGCCCACAAGGUACGGUACUGAAUGACCGUGCUGAGGGCCACAACUGUGUGAGUGUGACUGAGUGCCCCUGUGUGCACGGCAGCAGCAGCUACCCACCAGGAACCUACAGAAGAACUAAGUGUCAGACAUGUGAGUGUGUGUCUGGAAAGUGGCUGUGUUCUGAAGACAUCUGUCCCAAAAGAUGCUCCGUUGAGUCUCAGUUUGUGACGUCUUUCGAUGGCAAACACUUCAGGCUGCCGGGUAAAUGCUCCUACGUGGCAGCUCAGGGGUUGAACUGGACACUGACUGUUUACUUUUCUGAGAGAGCCAUCAAACUGGAGACAGUGGAGCUGAAGAUUUACCACGAGAGCUACGUCUUCUCCCACUCAAGGGUGAUGUUUCAGAACGAAGAGAUCAGAGACCUGCACCAAACCGCGUUUGUCAGCGUUUUCUGGCAGUCCUCCAUGUUUGUUCAGGUCCUGGCCCUCUCAGGCCUCAGCAUACAGGUGCAAAUGAGCCCAGACAUGCAGCUCUACGUGUCCUUGCCUACACAGCACAAUGGCACCACCACAGGCCUGUGUGGGAACUUUAACGGGGACUCAGGAGAUGAUUUCACCACCAGCAGUGGCAUAGUGGAGAACUCUGCAGAACCCUUUGCCCUCUCCUGGUCCCUGGAGAGCUGUGAGGCCAACAUCAACCCCCUCUGCAUCAACAUGGACACUGAAAUAUUUGCUGAUGAACACUGUGACCAGCUAAGGGAUCCUCACGGAAUAUUCAGCUCCUGCCACAGUCAUGUUCCCUACGAGCGUUAUCAUCAGGCGUGCCUCAGUACAACAUGCCACUGCCAGUCAGGGCUUCAGGCGUGUCUGUGCGUCGCCCUCGGCAACUACGCCAAAACCUGUGCAGCUGUUGGGGCCCCUGUGGGAGAGUGGAGAACAGCAGCCAACUGCAGCUCCUGCCCCAACACGCCCAGUCGAAUGUGGUCAG